CGGUGAAGAAAUUAGAAUAUCUUUUAGAAUGUCUUUUACAGAGUACGUUCAUCUUGAUAUUUUAGAUACGAGUCGAGUAUCACUCGACAUAGAGUCUAUAUAUAUAUAUAUAUAUAUAUAUAUAUAUUACUGUAGCGACAUAUAGUGACGUACACGAUAGUGUGACUUUCGCGUUUACGAAAGUAAAAAUUGCGAUACCAUUAGAUUACAGUAAUUCGUUUCUAUUUCACGAGUAACAUCUAUGGAAUGUUUGUAAAAGUUGGGACGACAGUCACGUUCGAGGAAAACCGUAAAUGCAUAUCUCACGCGCGCAUUUUUCUCUUUCGGGUAUCCCAAGGAUCAAAUCGUAAUACGUAACUCGCGUACGCGUUUAUUCAUAUCGCGACGUUUCUAGCAUAUCCCCAUGUACAAGAAUCGUUAUUUAACGAACGAACCUGUGCCAAAAAUGUCAAUCGUCAAGAGAAUUUAUUUUCAGUAUAUUUUUAAAUAUUAUAAAUAAAAAUAAGCGUGAUCACACAGUUUGUGAUAAAUAUAUAUACACAUAUACACACACACACACACACACUUACUAUCUCGAAAAAUGUCUUUUUCAUAAUUUAAGUCUUACAAUUUCAUUUUAUACGAAUCAUGAUACCGACGUUCUAAAACCAACUUUUACACAAUCAAGACUGAAUAACCAACGCUUGUUAAUUACUAAAUUUAAUAGUUUGCUACGACAUACACGCGAUCAUACGAAUGCAACAUUAUAUUAUGCGUUUUAUUUCUGAAAAUUUUCAUCUGUCCUUCAUCGAUGUUUUUGUCAUUUUUAGGUCGGAAAACAUUUUCAUGAUAUGCUCUAAUAAUUCUUAAGAACAAUAAAACGUUGACGUCAAAUUUGCGUGCAAACGGAUAGAAGACCAUGGCGCUCGCUAAUGAAACAAAAAAAUACGUAGCUCCUUUCAGCAUGCACGAGUUAAUGGCAUGACGGCGAAUCCAUUAUUGCGAAUGUAUGCCGGUAACUUCAAUUUCAUUUCUUCUUCGGCCAGCAGUAAGUCGGCAGAUCGUUACAAGAGUCGGAUCGGUUUGCCUUCGUUGUGCAGUAAGUUAAGUACUCGACCUUUUUUGUUGAUAAUUUCAUUAUGCAGCUGUAAAUCGCAGUGCAUUCAUUGAUAAAACGUUAAUUAUGUGUGAAGUUUUACGUUGUACGUGAUCUGAAACUGUUGCAUUAGCCGAUGAUUAUCGAUCAGGCUUCGAAACACGUUCAUUUUUGUAUUUUCAUCAAUAAGUGAAGAAAUCUCUGAUAUUCCUUUUUUAAAUCUUAUCAUUAUUGUGAUUACAGCCGUCUGUGGCAGGCAAUAUGCAGGUUGACUCGGUUCUACCGAUAGACCAAGCGAAAAUUCCUGGCAUUUUAAAACUAGACAAAACGUCACGCCCCUCCGAACAUCCCGAAACUUUUUCCUCAUUAACGACCACGCAGGUGGGUCCGUCAUCCCCGUCGCAGCCGCAACCGUCGCCCAGUCGACAGUCAGUUACGUUUGCUUUCGUCGAGUGUCAGUGCAACGAAGAUUUCGUCGAGAACGAUCCAAAAUCGCUAGCUAACGUAGCCGCGGAAGUGCGGUCUAUCAGAGAUACACGGCGUAUUUCUGUAACUGCGAUAUCCGAGCAAGCGGAUUUAAGUGAAAAAUCGGAAGAUUUGAUGUCAAUGGAGACAUCACCCAUGGACGGUGAAAAAAAUGGCAAUGAAAAUGAUUACUCAGCGUCAGUCUGCGCGAUUAUUCAACGACGGAACUCAACGCGUCGGCAAAGUCGACGAAAACGACGCCCAUCAUCUCCGUUUAGUCCUGACGUCGACAACGUGACGCGCCGUCGGUCCUCAGCUUACACUACGAGUUCGGGAGACACGAUAAUUUCGAUGGAGGAGAGCAAUAAUCAGGAGCAGAUUUUCGAGAAUCUCAAAUUACACAAGGAGGUUUUGAAUGGCGUAAAACAACAACCCUGGCCACUUCGGCGUAAGAUCAAGCUUGUACGGCAAGCUAAAUCCUAUGUAAGGAGACACGAAGGUGCUUUGCAAGAAAGACUCGCUCAAAGUCGUAGCACCAAAGACGUUAUAGCACGUGUUUCAUUUUUCAUGACUAAGAAAUGGCAAUAUUUUCGACGCGAGCUGAUCAAUCUUCAAACUUGGUUGAUACCGUGGGAAGUACGUAUUAUGGAAAUAGAAUCUCAUUUCGGAUCUGCUGUUGCUUCCUAUUUCACUUUUCUUCGUUGGCUGUUUUGGAUCAAUUUCGUCAUAGCAGCCACCCUUACAGCAUUCGUAGCGAUACCUGAGGUGCUAACUGCAAACGCAACGCUCGCCGGCGAAAGGAAGAUUAUGCUAAAAGAAGAAAGCGCUAAAUCGAAGCAGUUGUUAACUCUGUGGGAAUUUGAAGGGGUGCUAAAGUAUUCUCCUUUUUUCUACGGAUGGUACACAAAUCAAGACUCACACAGCACCUAUAGACUGCCUUUGGCAUACUUUGUCACUAAUUUGGUCGUCUAUACGUACAGCUUUGUCGCAAUUCUGCGCAAAAUGGCGGAAAAUUCACGUUUAAGCAAACUGACCGAGAAAGAAGACGAGUAUGUCUUUUCGUGGAAACUUUUUACAGCAUGGGAUUUCAUGAUCGGUAAUCCAGAGACUGCUCACAAUCGUACAGCCAGCAUCGUGCUUAGUUUCAAGGAGGCUCUAUUGGAAGAAGCGGAAAAAGAAAAAGACGAGAGAAAUUGGAAAAUCAUAUCAAUGAGGAUAUUCGUGAACGUAGCGGUGUUAUCGUUACUCGCAUUAUCGGUGUUCGCUGUGAUUGAAGUAGUUGGACGAAGCACUACGGAGCUCGAAUCGCACAAUUGGUGGCGACAGAACGAGAUCACGAUCGUGAUGUCUCUGAUUACAUACACUUAUCCAAUGUUCUUCGAGAUCCUUGGUUUCCUUGAAAGCUAUCAUCCCAGAAAGCAACUUCGAAUACAACUGGCACGGAUUAUGGUCUUAAAUUUACUAAAUCUUUAUUCCUUGAUAUUUGCAUUAUUUAAUAAAAUAAAUACUAUGAAACACGAUCUUUAUGGUCUCAAGCCGACAAGCACGAGUUGCACACAUAUAGAAAUGCCAUGUGGUGACGAAUUAACAGGUACAACGCCAAGAAUUGCAACAUUAGCUUCUCUAAGUCUCGUUUUAAUCAAUGUCACCCACUUUUAUGUGAAAAGAGAAAUUUCAGAGCCAACAUUGCCAGCUAUCAGGCAGGAAACAUUCUUUUUCAAUCCUUUGCUGAAUCCUUUAUAUAAAGAGUUGAAUGAUACAUCUGAUGAUGAUUAUAAUGAAGAUUAUUUGAAUUACGAUGAUUAUCAAUAUGAAAAUUUUGAGACGGAUAAAAUCGAUGAAUCUUACACCACGUCUUAUUAUAAAGAAGAGAAUGAUACCCAACGUGUGAGUGAUAACAUGCUAUUGUAUGACACAAGUCCGACUGUAGCCGCCAAUUUCUUAUCUGAUCCGACAACCACUGAAAAUCCCUAUAGUUCUGCUAGCAGUUCUACUUCAUCGCAAACUGAAAAUAUGGUAUCAACAACCAUUACAUCGGACAAAAUGGAAGUCGCAAAAUCAUUAGAGACCAUUGACGUCGGUAGUUCUACCGAAGAACCAACAAUUGCUUCAUCGACUAUAACUAGCGAGGAAUCAUUUGUUAAAGAGUUUAACGUUGCAUUCACAACAGCAGAUGUCACACCUAUAACCACGUUUAUAUCGGAAACUAGCACUUCAGUAGAAUCAAAUAAACGUGUAAAUUCGCUUCCGAAAGAAAAAUAUAUGAUAAAAUGUUUUGAAAAAGUUUGCACUACCACGCCGGCGAAUAAUUUAGCUAUGUCUCUAGAACAGUUAGAUCCGAAGACUCGGAGGAAGUUACGUCGAUUAUGCUGGGAGACUAUGUUUGGUCAGGAACUUGCCAAGCUCACUGUCAUGGAUUUGAUACUUACCAUACUGGCAACUCUCAGUAUGGAUUUCUUCCGCGCCGUAUUCGUGCGUUUUAUGAAUGGCUGUUGGUGCUGGGAUCUGGAAAAACAGUUUCCACAAUACGGUGACUUCAAGAUAGCCGAGAAUAUUCUUCAUUUGGUGAAUAAUCAAGGCAUGGUCUGGAUGGGAAUGUUCUUCAGUCCAGGUCUGACUGUACUGAAUCUUCUCAAGCUCGGCAUUCUGAUGUAUUUACGUUCUUGGGCUGUUUUAACGUGCAACGUACCUCACGAAGUGGUUUUUAGAGCCUCCAGAUCCAAUAAUUUCUACUUCGCGCUUUUACUGAUGAUGCUGUUUUUGUGUGUGUUACCAGUCGGUUACGCUAUCGUUUGGGUCGAGCCUUCGUGGCACUGCGGUCCAUUUUCCGGUUAUCCAAAAAUUUAUAACUUAGCAACGAAGAGCUUAACAGACUCGCUUCCGCAGCCAAUUCGACGAUGUCUCGAUUACAUUGCAUCGCCUGGUAUAAUAAUACCAUUGAUCGUUCUGAUGACGUUAAUCAUUUAUUAUAUGUCAUCCCUUGCUGGAUCUUUGCGAGAAGCAAAUAACGAUCUGAAGAUGCAAUUGAGACACGAACGUACGGAGGAGCGUCGCAAAUUAUUUAAAAUAGCAGAAAAAAGACAAAAUGUUGCCGAAACUCCAUUAACAAGAUGGAAAAAGAUUCUCCCAGCAUUACCGCAGGCCAGAACAGAAAUACUUCGAAAUUCAGAAACAACUCAGAGGGACGAAGUACAAAUCGUUAUCGGGAAUUUGAACGACAUGGUGGAGAAGAAGCUGAUGACUAUCGAUACUGAACAAGACUCGUUACUUCAUGAUGACAAUCAGAAUGAAGAUGAUUCAAGAUUGAGUGAGCUUCCAGCUUCCAGCAAAAGACAAUUCUUACAAGCAGGCCGGUAAACUUUAUCGGACCUUCUUGGGACUCGCAGUCGAACGAACAGGUCAUUGUACCGGAAA